CCAUCCUCCUCAGGGAGCCCCGGGAAAAAGCCCCCAGGAAAGCCCGAAGCAGACAUGGUGGUGGGCGCCCGCCGCUGAAGGCUUGGCCCGAGCGAGAGGCGGAGGAAGGAGCCUAGGUCCAGUCGCUGCCGGGGUCACGGCCGGGAAGCCCCCGCCGCCCCUCCCCUCAGCCCGGUGCCCCGCGGCCUCCGCCCCGUCCCCGCCACUUUCCCCGGAGCCGGCCGCCCGCCCCGAGCCUGGAUGGUGUAGCGCCUCAGGGGAAGCAUUUUUGACACGUUGGGGUUGUUGGAGUGGUUGGAUUUUCCCUGGAAUUGAGUGAGAAAUUCAGAAGACUGAAGCCCAGGCUUACUGUCUACCUUUCACGGAGGCCUAGCCGUGAGAGGACAGAAGAAGGCACGUGGCGAAUCAUGACAGCUGACAAAGACAAAGACAAAGACAAAGAAAAGGAUCGGGACAGAGAUCGAGACCGAGAGAGAGAUAAAAGAGACAAAGGAAGAGAGAGUGAGAACUCAAGGCCACGCAGGAGCUGUACCUUGGAAGGAGGAGCCAAAAACUAUGCGGAGAGUGAUCACAGCGAAGAUGAGGACAACGACAACAGUGCCACCACAGAGGAGUCCACAAAGAAGAACAAGAAGAAACCACCGAAAAAAAAAUCCCGCUACGAGAGGACGGAUACCGGCGAGAUCACCUCGUAUAUCACUGAGGACGACGUGGUCUACAGACCUGGAGACUGUGUGUAUAUCGAGAGUCGGAGGCCAAACACACCGUAUUUCAUCUGUAGCAUCCAAGACUUCAAACUGGUCCACAACUCCCAGGCCUGUUGCAGAUCUCCAACUCCUGCUUUGUGUGAGCCCCCAGCAUGCUCUCUGCCGGUGGCGUCACAGCCACCGCAACACCUUUCUGAAGCCGGGAGAGGGCCUGUAGGGAGUAAGAGGGACCAUCUACUCAUGAACGUCAAAUGGUACUACCGUCAGUCUGAAGUUCCAGAUUCAGUGUAUCAGCAUUUGGUUCAGGAUCGACAUAAUGAAAAUGAUUCUGGAAGAGAACUUGUCAUUACAGACCCAGUUAUUAAGAACAGAGAGCUCUUCAUUUCCGACUACGUUGACACGUACCAUGCUGCUGCCCUUAGAGGAAAGUGUAACAUCUCCCAUUUUUCUGACAUAUUUGCUGCUAGAGAGUUUAAAGCUCGAGUGGACUCAUUUUUCUACAUAUUAGGCUACAAUCCUGAAACAAGGAGGCUCAACAGCACGCAGGGAGAAAUUCGUGUUGGUCCUAGCCAUCAGGCCAAGCUUCCCGAUUUGCAGCCAUUCCCCUCUCCACAUGGUGACACUGUGACCCAGCACGAGGAACUGGUGUGGAUGCCGGGUGUCAACGACUGUGACCUCCUUAUGUACCUGCGGGCAGCAAGGAGCAUGGCGGCUUUUGCGGGGAUGUGUGACGGGGGCUCCACAGAGGACGGUUGUGUGGCAGCAUCCCGCGAUGACACCACUCUCAAUGCAUUGAACACACUCCAUGAAAGCGGUUAUGAUGCUGGCAAAGCCCUGCAGCGCUUGGUCAAGAAGCCCGUGCCCAAGUUGAUCGAGAAGUGCUGGACUGAGGAUGAAGUGAAGCGCUUCGUGAAGGGACUCCGGCAGUACGGCAAGAACUUCUUCCGAAUCCGCAAGGAGCUGCUUCCCAAUAAGGAGACGGGAGAACUGAUCACCUUCUAUUACUACUGGAAGAAGACCCCCGAGGCAGCCAGCUCCCGAGCCCAUCGCCGGCACCGCAGGCAGGCCGUGUUCAGGAGGAUUAAGACCCGCACUGCCUCCACCCCUGUCAACACACCCUCCAGACCCCCCUCCAGCGAAUUCUUGGACCUGAGUUCCGCCAGUGAGGAUGACUUUGACAGCGAGGACAGCGAGCAGGAGCUGAAGGGGUACGCCUGCCGUCACUGCUUCACCACCACCUCUAAAGACUGGCACCACGGGGGCCGGGAGAACAUCCUUCUCUGCACCGACUGCCGCAUCCACUUCAAGAAGUACGGGGAGCUGCCGCCCAUUGAGAAGCCUGUCGACCCUCCGCCGUUCAUGUUCAAGCCUGUCAAGGAGGAGGACGAUGGGCUCAGCGGGAAGCAUAGCAUGAGGACACGCCGGAGUCGGGGCUCGAUGUCUACACUACGCAGCGGUCGGAAGAAGCAGCCCGCCAGCCCCGACGGCCGCGCCUCGCCCAUCAGUGAAGACAUUCGCUCCAGCGGCCGAAACUCCCCCAGCGCCGCCAGCACCUCCAGCAACGACAGCAAGGCCGACACAGUGAAGAAGUCAGCCAAGAAGGUGAAGGAGGAAGCCUCAUCCCCGCUCAAGAGCACCAAGCGCCAGCGGGAGAAGGUGGCCUCGGACACCGAGGAGGCUGAGCGGACCAGCUCCAAGAAGACGAAAACCCAGGAGGUCAGCCGGCCCAACUCCCCUUCUGAAGGCGAAGGCGAGAGCUCAGACAGUCGAAGCGUCAACGAUGAGGGGAGCAGUGACCCCAAAGACAUUGACCAGGACAAUCGCAGCACCUCCCCCAGCAUCCCCAGCCCUCAGGACAAUGAGAGCGACUCAGACUCAUCUGCCCAGCAGCAGACCCUGCAGGCCCAGCCCCCAGCCCUGCAGGCUCCCUCGGGGGGCCCCCCAGGAGCACCCCAGCUUCCUGCCCCAGGCCCCACAGCCUCUACCCCGGCAGUCCCUCCCCAGGGCCCCCCUGCAGCCUCCCAGGCCCCUGGCCAGCCACAGACCCCGACGGCGUCUGCAGUCCAUGCCCACGUCCAGCAGGCCCCCACCCUGCACCCACCUCGCCUGCCCUCUCCUCACCCCCCUCUGCAGCCCCUGACGGGGCCUCCUCACACACAGCCCCCGCUGCACAGCCAGGGCCCACCUGGCUCUCACGGCUUGCAGGCUGGGCCCCUGCUACAGCACCCGGGGCCCCCUCAGCCCUUUGGCCUCCCCCCCCAGGCCUCCCAGGGCCAGGCCCCUCUGGGAGCCUCCCCCGCAGCGGCUCACCCGCACAGCUCUCUGCAGCUCCCCGCCUCUCAGGCAGCCUUGCAGGCCCAGCAGCCCCCGAGGGAACAGCCCCUGCCACCAGCACCCCUGGCCAUGCCUCACAUCAAACCCCCGCCCACCACGCCAAUCCCCCAGCUUCCCGCCCCGCAGGCCCACAAGCACCCCCCUCACCUCUCAGGGCCCUCCCCCUUCUCCAUGAAUGCCAACCUGCCACCCCCACCGGCCCUGAAGCCCCUCAGCUCCCUGUCUACCCACCACCCACCGUCGGCCCACCCGCCCCCCCUGCAGCUCAUGCCGCAGAGCCAGCCGUUGCCCUCCUCCCCUGCUCAGCCCCCGGGGCUGACCCAGAGCCAGAGCCUGCCCCCUGCUGCCACUUCUCACCCCCCGGCCAGCCUCCAUCAGGUGCCUCCCCAGCCCCCCUUUGCUCAACAUCCCUUUGUCCCUGGAGGCCCCCCUCCUGUUACCCCACCCUCCUGCCCCUCCACCUCCACCCCUCCCGCGGGGCCCAGCGCCUCAGCCCCAGCCUGUCCUGCCGCUGUUUCUACCGGGGGCGGCGUCCCCGGGGGUGCGUCCUGCCCGCUGCCCACAGUGCAGAUCAAGGAAGAGGCUCUGGAUGAUGCUGAGGAGCCCGAGAGCCCUCCGCCACCCCCCAGGAGCCCCUCCCCCGAGCCCACCGUGGUGGACACCCCCAGCCACGCCAGCCAGUCCGCCAGGUUCUACAAACACCUGGACCGGGGCUACAACUCGUGUGCGCGGACAGACCUGUACUUCACCCCGCUGGCCGGAUCCAAACUAGCCAAGAAGAGGGAGGAGGCCAUUGAGAAGGCCAAGCGGGAGGCCGAGCAGAAAGCGCGAGAGGAGCGGGAGCGGGAGAAGGAGAAGGAGAAGGAGCGGGAACGAGAGCGCGAGCGGGAGCGGGAGGCGGAGCGUGCAGCCAAGGCAUCCAGCUCCACACACGACGGUCGCCUCAGUGACCCGCAGCUCGGCGGCCCUGGCCACGUGCGGCCCUCCUUCGAGCCGCCCCCCACCACCAUCGCCGCCGUGCCCCCGUACAUCGGGCCCGACACGCCUGCCCUACGGACCCUGAGCGAGUACGCGCGGCCCCACGUCAUGUCGCCCACCAACCGCAACCACCCCUUCUACAUGCCCCUCAACCCCGCCGACCCCCUGCUGGCCUACCACAUGCCCGGCCUCUACAACGUGGACCCCACCAUUCGUGAGCGGGAGCUCCGGGAACGGGAGAUCCGGGAGCGAGAGAUCCGGGAGCGAGAAUUGCGGGAGCGGAUGAAGCCGGGCUUCGAAGUGAAGCCCCCCGAGCUGGACCCUCUGCACCCCGCCACCAACCCCAUGGAGCAUUUCGCACGGCACAGCGCCCUAACCAUUCCCCCCACAGCCGGCCCCCACCCAUUCGCCUCUUUCCACCCGGGCCUGAAUCCCCUGGAGCGGGAGAGACUGGCCCUGGCGGGGCCCCAGCUGCGGCCCGAGAUGAGCUACCCGGACCGGCUGGCGGCCGAGCGCAUCCACGCCGAGCGCAUGGCGUCCCUCACCAGCGACCCGCUGGCCCGCCUGCAGAUGUUCAACGUGACUCCUCACCACCACCAGCACUCCCACAUCCACUCCCACCUCCACCUCCACCAGCAGGACCCCCUCCACCAAGGUUCUGCAGGCCCAGUUCACCCCCUGGUGGACCCCCUGACUGCCGGCCCUCACCUGGCUCGCUUCCCCUACCCUCCCGGCACCCUCCCCAACCCCCUGCUCGGACAGCCUCCUCACGAGCAUGAGAUGCUGCGCCAUCCGGUUUUUGGCACUCCCUAUCCUCGAGACCUGCCUGGGGCCAUCCCGCCCCCCAUGUCCGCGGCCCACCAGCUGCAGGCCAUGCACGCGCAGUCCGCCGAGCUGCAGAGACUGGCCAUGGAGCAACAGUGGCUGCACGGCCACCCCCACAUGCACGGCGGCCACUUACCAAGUCAGGAAGAUUACUACAGUCGACUGAAGAAAGAAGGUGACAAGCAGUUAUAAGUUAUUUAUUUGUUAAUGCUGGCUGUGGGAACCCCAGUUCUUGGGGACAGAAACGGGACUUUUGGCAUACAUUAGGAGCUGCAAAAGCAAAAAAAAAAAAAGUCUUCUAAAGAUUUCUUUAUAUAUUUAAAAACCCCACAACUAAAAAUGUAUCUGCAUACUAGUGUUCGUUUGUCAAGAGGAUUUCCUGAGACUGGUGUGGGUCUCUUGCAUGACAGUCCCCCAGAAGCUUAGUGAGUCCUGGACUAGACUGAACACCCACAAACUUCCCUGCAAUCUUGGGGUUUGGCUUUGGUUUCCUUUUCUUUGAUUCCUUGGUAGGUGCUAGAAUCCGUUCACACCCUUCACUGUGCGUGCGGGCGCCGAGGCCCGGGCUCCGGCCCGUGGUGUGCAGGUAGUGGCGUAUGAGGUAGAAUCCAAGAGCUAUAAUUUUUAAAAAAUCUUUUAUUUUAAUACAUUGUAGGAAAUCUUCAUAAUUUGAGAAAGUCCUGCAGCAUGGCUUUUUACAUCUGUAAAUAAGUAAUUUUAGAACAGCUUUUUUUUCCCCUUCCACAAACGACUAUUCUGAUCUAUUUUUUCCAGCCAUGUCACUAAUUGUGAAUUCCUACCAGCUAUUGACAGAAUACAGAGUUGAUUUUUUAAUAAAAAGUUAUAUAUAAUUAUCCCUUUAAUUAAAGGGAGCCGAUGGGCGUUGUAAUUGCAAGUGGGCAGGAGCUGGGGACUAGGUGGUCGCAGCAGUGGGCAUCGGGGUGGCGGCGCCCACCCCCAGGCUCUGCUCCUCCCGGCCCUGCUGCGGGGGUUUGCGCGUGCUUUGAGGUGUCGGCCGCCCUGGGGGCGCGGGAGCCCGGUGUUGGCUCCCACCACCGGGUGACCCUGGCCUCGAUCCAGGAAGGUGUGGAGGCGCACAUGUGUGUGUGUCCGUGGUAGGUUUCCGUAGUCCUAUGCAUAUACACUGAUUGGUUCUGGAUACGUUGCCUUUUUGAAUCCUCUGGAAAAUUUCAUGAGCAGGCUAGAGAAUUCAAGAAACGAUUCCAUACAAAGAAACUCAGCACAGGACAGACCCAGGACAUAAGCUUGCCAAAGGAAUGUCUGGAGCCCGCCCUUUGUGGGUGUCACUUGGAUGUUGUGGUAAGGACCAGGCAAGGCAGCCUUGCUGCACCCAGGCUGCCCUGAGGUUAAGCCCCCCCCACACCCCCCCCAAGCUGCUUCCACCUGGAAGGAGUGGGGAUCCCAGCCGCAAGGUUCCAGUCAGGGAGCAGGCGCCCAGGUCACCCCCUCUAGAGGAGCCGGCCACCCCCCUGAAUGCCGACAGCUCUGUCCAAAGCUGAGGGCAGGUCUGGUCCGUCGGGACAGGCAGGGCCUCUUCCCAGGCUCCCAUCCUACACCGUUCACGGGAGUUCUGCCUGUCUGCGGCCGCCCGUGGGUCAUCUCAGUGGAGACCUGUUCGGGGCCCAGGCUGAUGGCUGGCCGGUGCUUUCCAAGCUCCAGGCUGAGGGUGCGGGCCUGUAGCCGGGCCGCGCGUAUCCAGGAACCGUGCUUGGCUCCAGUCAGGACAGAUGGCAUUGUCUGUUGAAAUGUAGUUUUGGUUGUUUUCUUUCUUUCAUUUUUUCAUUCCAUUUCUGCCUUAACUUUAGUUCCUUAGGGGAGGCAAGUUCACAUUAACUCUUCGUUGUGCACACUGCUGGCCACUUUGGCAUGGAGGCUCUUGUUUCCUUCUGGGACGCAGGUGCCGUCCAGGGGGUGAGCCUUUGGCUUCUUUGGCUCUCGGGCUGCCUCUUCCACUGGGGACAGGCCCCCAGGCCACCACUGCUGUCUCCUGUUUCUUUUCCUCCUUUUAGCUGAAUCUACCACUCAGUUAAAUCUUCCAUCUCCCCUCUAUUGUCCGUUUUUCCAAAGAGCAAGAGGGAAGUACUUGAAGUCUGUUUUGGAAGCCGUGGGAAGUGUUUCCUCCUUGUGUUUUGGGGUUUCCUCCCGCGUCCCAGGUGAAACACCAAGACCCUUCCAUUCCCAACAUCCACAGCCUGAUGCCCCGGGCGACUCCCUGGCUCCUGCAGGAGGCCCUAAGCCGUGCGAUGUCGUUCAGGCCCAGCCGCCUGGGUUCCUUUUAGAUUUCCCUUCCUUUUAUUUGAAGUUUGGUUUUGCUUUCUGUGUUUUGUACGUAUCUUGUUCAGUGUUGUCAGUUGAGCUUCACGUCUCCUUGCAGCGGAAGCAGAGCAGAAUACUUUCUGGUUUGCUGGGUUUAUAUAUAUCUUGAAGCUAAAUGUAUAUAUGAGUAGUUUGCCAUGAGAUAACACAGUGUAAGCAGAGUAGACACCCAGAAAUCGUGACUUCUGUGUUCUCUCCAUUUUGAGUAUUUUGUAAUUUUUUUGAAAUAUUUGUGGACAUAAAUAAAACAAAGCUACACUACACGCA